AUGCGUAGAAUAAUUGCAUCUGCAAUAGUACUGGCCACUGCGCCAUUGAGCAAAUGGGGUGGCGUCGCCGGAACUCUUCCGGAGGGCUGGUCAACUGCUGGGCCAUUGACGAGUAGAGAUGGGCCACUGGCGAGCGGAAUGAACCUUCAGGCCGCUCGCGGAGAGCCCGAAGAUGCCUUUCCGUCAGAAGAAAAGGCCAAUACUUCGUCUUCGCCGGAUCCCCCUAAUAAUCUGCACAGCGUGGAUCCGGAGAACAGUAUUGUACUACAGGCAAGGUUGCCCUCGGUGUCCUCAACAGGAGAGGCUCAGCGGGAAGGAGGGCAAGGGAAAGACGGAGAAUUAGAAGAAGCUCCCAGUGUAGUUGAGAAGGAAGAGAAAGUUUGGAGGUAUGGGCCCAAGGUUUUAAGCGUAGCUCUUCUUGUCGUGGUGUUGGCGUCCUUCGUGAGGUUGCUUUCUUCAAGCCUUCUAUGGGAGGAGGGAAUGGGAGAGUCUGCUGCAGUGCCUCCACAGGCUGAUGAGAGUACUGCAGCGCCGGGAGAAUCGAACGUCUUGCCAACGGAUAAACGUGGACCUUUGGAGAGUGGCGCGCAGCACAACGUGGAAAUGCCGAAAAGUGGGGAUGGCCAAAGUGAGGAGAUCGGUGAAGUCUCAGAACUUAGACGCAGUAUUGAGAAUCUAACGGACCAGUUUAGGCGUGCGUCAUUGAGGACAGAGGCGUGGGGAAACAGGUCGGAGAGUGUCCUGCUCUCCAGCAGGGCAGAAGGAGGGGAUGACUCAACUGCACAGUUGGCCGUGCAGGCCCUUGUAGAUAAAGUUUCGUCAAUAUCAUCUGCAUUGGCUCAGAACGUUGGAGCACUCUGUACCGGCCUGGAAUCGCUAGCUGAGAAUGUCAGAAAUGCAAAAACUCAGGAGCAGGCAGAAGAGGUUGCAAGUAAUCUCCGAAAGCUGCUACGAGCCUUGGAAAACGUUGGUAACAGCGCCGCUUCCGAGUUUUUUGUGGUUACACAACUGACUACCAACAUGACCAGUCAGUCAAAGAAGCUUCUUGAACUAUAUCCAGACAUUCUUGUACUUGCGAAUAACUUGGCCGAGUCACUGCCUACCCCUUACGAGAAGAAACACGCCAGCCCAACGCCUGCCCCAGAACCUGCAGAAGCGGAUCCCUUGGAUAGUUUGCGAACGCUGCUCGAUUCAGUGAGUGUCGCGGAGGCACUUCAGCAAGCUAAGUUUCAAAAGGUUCUUCAGCAUCCAUUGGAAGGGCCCCAAUUUGCAUAUUUGAUGCAGUUGUUAUUGAAGUCUCAGGAGCAAGAAGAUUCCAUGCAUGCAGCUGUGAAGUCGCUGGUGCAUGCUCAGCACAGCGUGGAGGAAGGGAAACUACCCGUCGACCGCCUCAACGUGAGUGCAGCCACAGAAAUGCUUAUGGCUAUCAAGGAGAAGCAGAUAACCUUGGGGGAGGCACUGAAGCUUGAACUGGACUUGUGCGUUGAGCGGGCACUGGAGCACCUUGAAGCAGGACGCGUUUUGAUAGGGCGAGGCGAAGAUGGGCGCUGGAAUAGAAAUGCCCAUCCACUCUUGAGUCUGGCCAGAACAAUCAGGAAGAACACUGCCGUUGUGGAAACGAAGUUGACUAGCUGGGAGAAGCACGUACGAAGCAAGUAUCCCUGA